CGGGGGCGGAGUGGGCGUGGCCUGAGCGCGCCUGCGCAGUCCAUUCUACUCGGCGGGCGAAGGAGACGCGCUAGAGGGAAGAUGGAAGACUUCCAGGCCUCCGAGGAGACUGCAUUUGUUGUGGAUGAAGUGAGCAACAUUGUAAAGGAGGCUAUAGAAAGUGCCAUCGGUGGUAACGCCUACCAGCACAGCAAAGUCAACCAGUGGACCACUAAUGUUGUAGAACAGACUUUGAGCCAACUCACCAAACUGGGGAAGCCAUUUAAAUACAUUGUGACCUGUGUGAUCAUGCAGAAGAAUGGCGCUGGGUUACACACCGCAAGUUCCUGCUUCUGGGACAGCUCCACGGACGGUAGGAUUCUUACCCUCCUAGACAGUGUUGUUAUGCCCACUGCUCUGGAACUUUCACAUAGCUCCGUGGUUCAGAGAUCUGCAGCGCGAAGCAGUGUUCUGUGAAGUGCACACUUGAUGUCCCAAUUUCAGUGCAUUUCUCGAAGUUGCCAUUGCCUGGUGGAGUGGUGCACAUGCCAGAUCUGGCAAGGCAGAGGCACACAGAUCUCUGUGAGUUUGAGGCUAGCCUGGACUACACAGUGUGACCCUAUCUAAACAAACAAAACCCCCAAACAUUCUGUGGUCUCUUGCCCAUUUGUAAGUAAAGUCAGGCAUUAAAGUCACUUUCUGUGCAUGCCAGAGGCAUGCACUGCAGUGCUGGCAUGGUAGGACCCGAAUCUCCUGGGCACCCUCAUUUCCUGUGCGUCUGUCUCCCCCACAGGGAGCUGCACAGUCCGAUGGGAGAACAAGACCAUGUACUGCAUCGUCAGUGCCUUCGGACUGUCCAUCUGACCGCCUGACUGCCUCAGCCUCCGGUCCCAGCGUUUCUAGUCCAUCUUACCACCAGCUAUGUUGGGCGGAUACCUUCCUCCUCCUUAAGUUGUUCUGAGGCACUCCCAAAAUGUAGAGAAAUAAACCAAAUGACCCUGGCCACAGGAGCCACACGACAGACACCAGGCAGAUGAGCAGCCACCUGUCAUCCGAGGCGGGCAGUACUAGUUGUCUUAACUGUCUUCUCAAAGGUGCUAAGAUCUCAACUGCUAGUGAAAACUUCUCUACUUUCUGAAAUGAUUCAGAUACACUAAUUUUCCAAACUUUAUACUUUUGUUAGAAUAAUAAAUUAUUCAGAAUUA